CUUGGUCAGGAACUGGCCAGGAGCGGACCAACAACAGGCAGUGAAGGAAUCCCCCCCCAAAAAAACUUUUUCCAACACAAAGUUCUGCGGUCAUUUUUCACUUCGGCUUUUGUUAUGUGACCACAAGUGGAGAAAAAAAACAACAAGUGGCGUCGCUUCGCUGUGCGUGUCGGGUGAUGAAGUGAAUGUUAGUCACCGCUCGGGAGAAGGAAAACUUGCGUGAGGAAAAAAGCUUCAGGAAUGAUGCCUGUGAGACUGCAUCCCUCCCUCCAAAGUUCAGCUAAGGUGGCUAACGUUAGCUAGCGCAGGGGGAGAGAGAGAGAGAGGGGGAGAGAGAGAGGGAGAGCCUGCUGGCUGAUGUGAAAGUUUGGAUAAACUUUUGUUUACUUGUUAAUACGAGCAGUGACAAACUACCUGACUCGUUGAGCAGGCCGUGAGGAUACAUAACAUCACGGACGACCGAAAACUCUCAUCCUUUGCUUGUUAUCGUCAUCAGACCAGGUUACAGUAUCAAGUUUUUUCUUUUAGCAAAGAGGAGCUAGCUGACAGACUGCUAGCCUCUUGAAGUCAACCAGAGACAUAAUACACUGUUGAGUGAAUAAUGACAUGACAACAACUCAAUAAUGGAGAGACUGCUGUAGCGUUACUGCAAAGUGGACACAGCUAUUCAUAUACAAACUGAUAAGUGUUCAUUCUUGUGGGAUGGUUAUUGAGGUAAAUAAAUGGGAAUGGGACAAUCGUGACUAUAAAAAAAAGUGACAUCUGAGUCGGAUGUACGUUACUGGUGUGAUUGUCAUUACCUUAUCACCUCUGUUGUAAUGGCAUGGUCAGACAGUCAACACAUUUGGCACUUUAAGUAAGGAGCUUCUGUUGACUCUGGACCACUUUGUCAAGCUGUGUGACUUACUUAAAAAAAAAAAGUUGUUUUUUUUCGUGAUAUAAGCCUUUGAAACCAAGCCACUCACUUAUCAGCGUUUGGAGUCAUCCUGCAUUAUUUACUCCACUGUUCACAACAUACAUCUUGGAUGAAGAGGACAGUGCCAUCAUGAAGGUUACCGUGACGUUUGGGCAAACAGGUGUGGUGGUACCCUGCAAGGAGGGCUGGACUGUGAGGGAUCUCAUCCAGCAAGCAACGCAGAGAUACAGAAAACUCCUGGAACAGGAAGGAGAUUUCCUGGUUCGGACUCACCACGUUGAAUACUGUGAUGGGGGGAUUCUAGACCCUGAUGAUAUACUGAGCGACCUGGUGGAAGACAGGGACAAGCUGAUGGCGGUGUAUGAGGAGCAGGAAGCCCAGCAGAGGGGUGUGGCUAACACAAAUCUCACCCCCAGCCCUGACCUCUACCAACCAGAGCUCUCUGUCUUCCAGCCAAUCGCAGGAGGAGAUGAAGUCAACUCCUCAGCCCUCAAGUCCAACACCCCUCUGUUGGUGAGGAGCAGCAGUGAGUCAGCCCUCGGCCCUCAGCCCGCAGAGACUGAAUCCUCCCUGAAUGAGGACACUGGUGCGAUGGCAGCCGGUCCUGCUGGGGAGAGACCAGCAGGGGUAGAGCGACCCCAGGGCAAACACGCCUUCAGUGACAGCUUGACCAGAACAGUUGAGAUCUUGGGAGAGGACAGUCCCCUGGGAAUCCAUGUGGUUCCUUACAGCUCAUCGCUCAGUGGUCGGUCUCUCGGUCUGUACAUCCGUGGUGUGGAGGAGGAGAGUCGCUCGAGAAAGGAGGGCUUGUUUCAAGAGGAGGAGUGCAUCGUGAGGAUCAACAACACUGACCUCAUGGACAAGACUUUCAGCCAGGCCCAGGAAGUGUUCCGUCAGGCAAUGCGUUCCACAGUCGUCCGUUUGGAAGUAGUUCCCUCCUCUAACAGAGAACGCUAUGAGAAGAGUCUGAUUGGUCAGCUGUUUGGCAACGGUGCCGGUCCUGACAGCAGCCCCCGAGUCACCAAGACCAAAGAGCCACCCCCACCUGUCAAGGCCAAACCCAUCUUUAAGCCCCCUGAGAAUCCAUCCACGCGAUUGGUUGAUGAAGCUGCCUUAGUGGAAGCUAAUACACCAAAAGGGAGGAGUGACAGCCCUCUCUUUAAGAAGAGUCCCACCCUCUCCAACUUAGUGACCAACAAGAGAGGAGGACGCAGACUGAGGAUUGAUCUAAAGAAAGGUUCAGAAGGUCUUGGCUUCACCGUGGUCACCAGGGAUUCUUCAGUUCAUGGUCCUGGUCCCAUUCUAGUUAAAAACAUACUGCCACGCGGAGCCGCUGUCAAAGAUGGACGCCUGCAGUCUGGAGACCGCAUACUGGAGGUCAACGGUGUGGACAUCGGAGGCGUGGGACAGGAGGAGCUGGUGUGUAUGCUACGCAGCACGCGUCAGGGAGAGAGUGUGUGUCUUGUGGUUCUACGGCAGGAAGAGAUGUUCCUGCCGCGAGAGAUGAGGGACGAGGUGUCCCGUGUGCCAGGCUUUGUGUCGGAGAACGGGAAGGAGCAGCUAAUGUUCGAGGUGCCCCUUAACGACAGCGGCUCGGCGGGGCUCGGCAUCAGCCUCAAAGGAAACAAGUCGAGGGAGACGGGAGAGGACCUGGGAAUCUUCAUCAAAUCCAUUAUACAUGGAGGGGCUGCAUACAAGGACGGGCGUCUGUGUGUCAACGACCAGCUGGUUGCAGUCAAUGGAGAAUCUCUGCUUGGACGCUCCAACCACGUUGCCAUGGAGACGCUGCGUCGCUCUAUGUCACAGGAGGGAAACGUGAGGGGGACGAUCCAGCUUGUGGUGCUAAGGACUCUGAAGGAUCAACAUGGAGUGUCACCCAAUCGCUCAUUUGACAGCUCCUCUGGCCUGCCAGGUCUACUGAGCCCAGUGAACGGUCAGACCAACGGCCAUAUGAACCCUCCCAUUCUGGACGGCACUCUAUAUUCAUCCAACAUGACCAAUGGAAGUUAUUCUCACAUGGACGAAGAUGAAGACGGGGAGCUGUAUGGACAUGAAACAGAGUUCAGCUGCUCGACUCAGCACUCCUAUCUACAGGAAAGAGAAAACUGUCACAACUCUUGCAAAGCUCAGCCCCAGACUCCCGCCCAGAGCCAGGACCAGAACCAGAACCAGAACCAGCGGCAAUUCCAGCACGUCAAAGCCUCAAAGAGCAUGGACCUGGGUAUGACUCAGAACCAGCAGCACACUGUCGCAGAUGAAAGCAACGUUGGAGCUUUGGUUGGAAGCCCUGCAGCUCCAUCAGCGCCUGUAGAACUCGGACCUACUCUGGGCUUGAAGAAGUCUAGUUCUUUGGAGAGUCUCCAGACGGCCAUGUCGGAGGUGAAUAGAAAGAACGAGUUCCUCCCCUUUCACCGGCCUCGCCAAAACAUGGUCCGGGGAAGAGGCUGCAACGAGAGCUUCAGAGCAGCUAUUGAUAAAUCUUAUGGGCCAGCUGAAGAUGACGAUGAUGAUGAUUCUGAGCAAAGUUCAGGCCGUGACACCCCUGCGAGUGGUUCGUCCCGCCAGGGAGCAGGAGAUCGGAUCGAAGAGAAAGGCAAAAAGGACAAGAAGAAGAAAGCGAAAACAAAGAAGAAGGAGAAGAAUAAAGGAAAAGCGAAAGAGAAAGAGAAAGAGAAAAAAAAGAAAGCAGUGGAGCCUGAGGAGAUGGAGAAGAAGAGCAAGAAAAUAGGCUUCGGCCUGCUGAGAUUUGGGAAGAAAAAAGACGAGAAGAAGGAGGCCAAAGCCGCUCUGCAGCGACAGAAGUCUGACAUCCUGAGUGAUCACGAGUUUGAACGGAUGAAGGAGGAGAGGGAAAGAAUUGAGGCUGCGCAUCCUGAGCUACGAGAGAACCGGUCAAAAGACCAGCAAGGUGGUGGAGUUGGAAUGGCAUUUCCAGACGUUGAGGAUGACGACACAGACCCGAACUAUGCCAGAAUACAAACUUUCAGGGAUCGUGAUCCUGGCUCGAUACCACAGCCACUGCCUAAGUCUCCCCCCUAUGGUACAAUACAGCACACUUAUGCCCGCACCCCUUCCCCACAAGGCCCUUCUGCCUUUCCAGGAAAUCCUGGAAACAGCCCAGGAGCCAUCCCUGAUGAUGACCACAUUGAUAGGCUGUAUGCUAAGGUUAAUAAACCAAGGGCGGGACCUGGAACUGCAUCUCCUCCUCUUCCUGCAAUGGCAAUGAAAGACAGUGUGGACAGGAUCCAGCAGCUAAGGAGAGAAUACCAGCAGGCAAGGAGAGAGGGAAUUGUGCCACCUUAUGAAGAACUGGACCCACGACGCAGAGGACAUGAAAAUGACGCACACAGGAUGCCAGGCAGAGGGCCAGAUCCCCGGUUGGCACCGCGUUAUGAAGAGGUUGAACGUCAGUAUGCUUCCUUACCAAGGCGAGGUCCAUUGGAUCCAGCUGCACCCAUGCAGCCCUGGUCGGGUCAUUACUCUCCACCUCCCAGACCCAACAAGCAUACCCCAGUCCCCAUCCUACCACAACCCAACUCUGCACCACCUUAUUCGGGCUACCCACCUGGCCAGCCAUAUGCACGGCCAGUGGACCCUCGGGGCAUGGACCCAGGGUACUACCCUCACCCAAGCUCCCAGCAGAGAGGCCCCUUACGGCAGGAUGUGCCCCCUCUCCCUCCCCCUCUCCGUGGUCCACGGUACGACACUAUGACAAGAGGAUCAGGGGGAGGAGUCUACAGGCACAUGGUGAAUCCUAGUCCAGACCAAUAUGGCUACACUGGGGAGGGAGGAAGACAGCAACCGCAACACCAAACCAACCAGAGACAGAAGAAUGCCAUGACUGCAGCCGUGUAGACUGAUCAGUUCCAGAGAUGAAAAUGAGCAGAAUGCUUACUGCUUUGUGUUGUUUUCGCUGAUGCUGAUGCUUCUGGUACUGAAAAUGAAACAGAACUGACACCUCUAAAUGGUGUUAUUUGAAUCACCAUCAUUAUCAAACAUUGUCUGAGCUGUUUGAAGUAUAUGGUAAUACACAGACAAGCAAGGUAAAGGAGGUUAAUUAUAGAGUGGCCAGUGUGUGCAUGGUAUCUUGUUCUUUGAAGUCAUUUAAAUUGCUUUGAAUCUUCAGAGAGUACAAAUUGGCAGGGGUUUUACAAUUGACUGUGCUCUGCGCUACAAAGGUUUUGGAUCCAUUUAAAUGAAGGCAAUAAAGAAAUACAAGCAGCUCUACUCAUAUUAAAUUAGGUACUUUCAUUUCUACUGCUGCAUGAGCAAGACAAAUGAAUGUUUGAAAACUAACAUGUAACAUGUUUUGCUGCCCUAUGGCCAUACUGUAUGUGGCCUAAUAACAGAAAUCAGUGGCACACUAAAGGGUCAGUAUUUUGGUCGGUUAAUCCCAAAUUUUAAAUUCAUGUUUACAUGAAAGCGUUUGGCAGGGUUUCAGCCACCUCUCAAAGUUGAGUUGAGAGAAGUGAAAAUGUUCCUGUGUUCUAAACCUGUGUGGAAAGCAAGAAGUCUUUCUUAACUUUGUAAGUAACCACUACUACAAAUUCUGCAUUAAUAGACAGUAUAUUGAUCCAUCCCAAGUUCAUAAAAAAAACUCAAAAAAGCGUUUACAUUUCAGCCACGGAUAUGUUUUUAUCUAAAGUAAGUAUUUUUCGUCUGA